UCGCAAAUUCUUCACUUUUGGUUGAUUGAAUGAAGGACUACAAGCUGCCGUCGGCGAGAAAGUGCGGUGCCAACGCCGCUACUACCAACGGUUACAUUAUGGAGGCGUUCUUGUCCACCGCGCCGGCGUUUCCAGCGCCGCCGCCCACCGUCAUCAACUCUGAUUCCCGGCAACCAGCCACGGCCGUCGCGGUCGGGGAAGAUGGAUUCCAGGAGAAUCUUCAGCGGCGGCUACAGAUCCUGGUCGACGGCGCGGCGGAGAAGUGGACGUACGCGAUAUUCUGGCGGUCGCCGGCGGCGGGGUUCGAAGGGCAGGCGGGGCUGGCGUGGGGCGACGGGUAUUACAAAGGGGACGUGGAAAAGCCGACUCCACGGCGGUCCUCCUCGCCGGAGAUGGUGGCGGAGCAGGCACGGCGGAAGAGGGUUCUCCGGGAACUCUACGCUUUAGUUGCCACCCCCGCCGCCGGUAGCGAUGCCAUCGACGAGGAAAUCACGGACCCAGAGUGGUUCUUUCUCAUCUCCAUGAACCAAUCGUUCCAAAACGAUUCGAAUCUUCCGGGUCACGCGUUUUACCGGUCGAACCGGGUAUGGAUCUCCGGCGCCGGAGAACUCGAUUCCGCGCCGUUUGAACGCGCCAAACAGGGAAAGCGAUUAGGGCUACAAACCAUGGCCUGCAUCCCUUCGCAAAAUGGCGUCGUCGAGCUCGGCUCCACGGAUUUGAUUCUCCAAAACGACGCCCAUUUGAUUAACCAAAUUGGGGUUUUGUUCAACUUUGAAGAAAAUAAUGAUAAUAAUAAUGAUAAUAAUAAUAAUUUUGCAAUGGGUUUAACCUCGAGAAGCUCCUGCCUGAGCAAUCCGAGCAGCGUCAUGCCCAGCCAGGAGGAUUCAAUUCCUUCUGUUACUAGCAAACGGAUGGCGGUGGAGAAGGAGAAGACGCCGGCGAGAUGCGCAACGCCGAGAAGGAGGAAGAAGGACGACGGGGUGGCUCUAGCUCUGCUCGCUUCCGGUGGUGGUGUUGAUUCUCCGCCCAGCGGCGGCGGAGGGGAAAGGCCAAAGAAGAGAGCAAGAAAGGCGGCGAACGGGAAAGAGGAAACGCGGACCCAUGUGCAAGCGGAGAGGCAAAGGAGGGAAAGACUGAACCAGAGAUUCUACACCCUAAGAACAAUGGUCCCAAACGUUUCGAAAAUGGACAAAGCCUCCAUCCUCGAAGACGCCAUUGCUUACAUAAACCAGCUGGAAUCAAAGCUCGGCCAAAACGCCGCCGCAGACCCCAAACCCAGUAGUCCCGCCCAGAAUGGCAAGAAUAUUGAAGACGCCGGAGAAGAAGAAGAUGCAGACAAGGGCGGCGUAGAUGUGGACGUGAACAUCAUCGGCGAAGACGCAAUGAUAAAGAUAGAAUGUAGUGACAAGAAGAAGCACCCGUCGGCGAGGCUGAUGGCGGCGCUCAAGGAGUUGGACCUUCAUAUCCGCCAUGCAAAUGUGUCGGUGGCCAACAAGUUGAUGAUCCAACAGGCCACCGUGAAGAUGGGGAGCCGCCAUUACACAUCAGAGCAGCUCCGUUCAGCUUUGGAAAGUAGACUUGCAGAAAAUUGAAGGCUCCUGGAAAUUUCAAAUAUUCA